AUGACAUAUCAAAUCACUCCGACUCGAGAUUUGCAAAUUAUUACAGACGAGCUACAAACCCUUUCCUCAUACAUCUUCCACACAAAUAUCACUGAUGAUCUGAACUCUCUGCUAGUAUGGAUGAGCCCUGAUGAUCCCAAGAGUAACCAUCAACUACGACCCCCAAGCCUUCGUAUAAAGAAUAUUAUCAAGAACCUGUUCCCCAAUAACGCAUCUACUUCUCCCUAUGGUGUCAUGAAUAGCGCUCAAGCGAACAAUUCAAUCGUUAACGAAGGGAAUACGAAUAAAGAGCUGCAAUUACAGUUUAUAUCGACAUUCAAAGAGUACUACGUUUUCCAGAUUCGGUAUCAUUUUUUUUCACAUUUUAGUAGUAUCAAUUACCUAAAAGAUAUUCAGAGAUGGGAAAAUUACUAUGAGUUUCCCUUACGCUAUGUUUCCAUUUUUGAUUCGAGUGUUAACGGUUGGUCCCUCGAACUUAACUCCUUAAGACAUUAUUUGUUGAAUAGAAAUAAAACGUUCAAGACCAAUUUAAGAACAAGAUUGAAUAAAUUAAUUAUGGAUGAUGACUUUGACUUGGCAAGCAAUUUAAUUCGAUGGCUCAACUCAGCAAAUGGAUCUUUAUCUUCCAUGGGAUUGAUUGUAAAUGCUCUUUUUGAUAAAAUCAGUACGUUUUGUGAAAUCAACAUGAGCGGGAUUUGGAAUAAACGGUUUAUGAUCAUGGAAACCUUCAAUAAAUUUAUCAACCAAUAUUGGUCUCAAUUUUCAGAAUUGAUCGGUUGCCCUGAAGAUGACCAUGAGCUGACGACCACUGUGUUCAAUUGUUUUGAGUCGAAUUUUCUCAGGAUAAGAACAAAGGAAAUCUUCGAUAUAUGCGUAUUAGCUUAUCCUGACUCAAAGAUCACGCUAUUGGAAUUGAAGAAAAUAAUGAAAGAUUUCAAAGAUUACACAAAUAUCGUGACAACCUUUUUGUCGGAUUUCAAAAAACACAUUUUAAACCCCAGUAUUACUACAGUAGAUGCGUUGUUAAGUUAUGUGAAAACUAUCAAGGCUUUUUUGGUUUUAGACCCAACAGGAAGAUGUCUACACUCAAUAACCACAUUUGUCAAACCUUAUUUCCAGGAGCGAAAGCACUUAGUAAAUGUAUUAUUGUAUGCAAUACUGGAUUUGCCUGAAGAGGAAUUAAAGGAGAAGAUUUCGUUUAAAGUGGAUAUGAAGGCAUUACUCUUACUUGUAGAAACUUUACAUGAUUCCGAUAUUGACCAAAGUACAAAUACACCCAAAAGCAAAGACAAGAAUAAAGUAGGUUCAUUUCCAUGGAAUCUCCACGUUAAAGGAAAGAAGGAAAAGAAUGGGAGUUCUUCAGUAAAUCAGAGCAUGCUAUACGAGCACAUCCUUAACCAUUAUUUAACGUGGGUCCCAGAACCUAACGAUAUGAUUCCAGGUAACAUUAAAUCAAGCUCAAUAAAAACAAAUCUUUUUGAGGUACUUUUAGACCUAUUCGAAUCCCGAGAAUUCUUUAUAUCAGAAUUCAGAAAUCUCUUAACUGAUAGAUUAUUCACGUUGAAAUUCUAUAAAUUAGAUAAUAAAUGGUCACGAUGUUUGAAGUUAAUUAGGGAAAAGAUCGUUAAAUCAGCAGAAACAAAUCAAGCUAACUAUAUUGCAAAUGGGAUAAUUGGACUACCGCAAACAACGGCGCCUGCAGCAGAUGCAGAUCUGUCGAAUAUCAACAGCAUCGAUGUCAUGUUAUGGGAUAUCAAAUGUAGCGAAGAGCUGUGCCUCAAAAUGCAUGAAGUGGCUGGCUUAGACCUAGCGAUUUUUCCAAAGUUUAUUUCUCUGCUUUACUGGAAGCAUAAUGGGGAUACGAAUAAUACCAAUGAGUUGACAUUUAAUCUACCAGCAAGUUUAGAGAAUGAACUACAAAAAUAUUCUGAUAUAUACUCACAAUUGAAACCUGGAAGGAAACUGCAACUAUGCAAGGACCAAGGGAAAAUAGAAAUGGAUUUGAAUUUCAAUGACGGAAGGAAAUUAGUGCUGGAUGUAUCUUUGGAACAAUUUAGUGUAAUAAACCAAUUUAACUCUACAAAUGAUGAACCAGUCUACUUGUCAUUAGAGCAGUUGUCCGAAUCUCUAAAUAUUGCACCAACAAGACUGCUUGAUCUCUUAAACUUUUGGAUUCAAAGAGGUGUCCUUUCUGAAGAGAAUGAAGUUUAUUCUGUUAUUGAAUAUAGCCACACUGAUUUUAACCAAACACAAGUAGAGCUUCCUAUAAAGAAUGAAAACAAUAAUAAUGAGCUACGUGACGAGUCUGAAGUAGAGAAAAAAUGUGAACUAACGUUGGAAAGAAGUUUACCAUUCAUAGAGGGAAUGCUAGCCAACUUGGGUGCUAUGAAACUUAACAAGAUACACUCGUUUUUAAAGAUUACGGUGCCAAAGAAUUGGGGAUAUCACCGGAUUACUCCUUUACAAUUAGAGAAGUAUCUAAACGUUCUAGCGGAUGAAGGUAAGUUGAAAUACAUUACCAACGGUUCAUAUGAGCUUGAGAAAAAUGGGCACAAAAACUCUUAG